CGCGUGCAGACAUGGUCUCCUCUCAUAGCUGAUAAACGUUACCUACUUUGUUAUUGUAUUGAUAGAGAAGUGUCAAACGUUGUGACGGUGGAAGCUUUUUGGGUAGGUGGAGGUCUUAUCCUUGAAGCAUAAAAACAAAAAGCUUUUAUUUUUCUCUCUUCUCUUCGUUGCCUUACUGGGAAAGUUUCAGAAUUUGGGUUUUGAGAAGGAGGGUCAAGAAUUGGGUUGCAUAGCUAUAUUUUGGAGAUCAUUUGUGAGGGUUGGGUUUGGUUGGCGAGAUGGGUUCAUAUGGAAAACUUGCAAAGAGGGCUGUGGAGACUGAGAUGCCGAUCAUGGUUCAGAUACAACAAUUGGUUCGAGGAGCCAAGAAUGCUGUGUCACUGGCCCAGGGAGUAGUUCACUGGCAACCACCCAAACAGGCUUUGGAUAAGGUGAAAGAACUUGUAUGGGAGCCUUCAAUUAGUCGUUAUGGUGCUGAUGAAGGUAUAGCUGAACUCAGGGAGGCAUUGGUAAAAAAGUUGCAUAAUGAAAAUAAGUUGUACAAAUCUUCAGUGAUGGUUACUUCAGGUGCAAAUCAGGCAUUUGUGAACCUUGUUCUUACAUUGUGUGAUUCCGGGGACUCUGUGGUUAUGUUUGCACCGUACUACUUCAAUGCCUACAUGUCCUUCCAGAUGACCGGCGUCACUAAUAUAUUGGUGGGUCCUGGCCACCCAGAGACACUUUACCCAGAUGCAGACUGGUUGGAGAAAACGUUAUCGGAAACAAAACCAACCCCAAAACUUGUUACGGUUGUUAAUCCAGGCAACCCAAGUGGAACCUAUAUUCCGGACCCUCUUCUUAAGAGGAUUUCAGAUAUUUGUAGAGAAGCUGGAUCAUGGCUUGUUGUGGAUAAUACAUACGAGUAUUUUAUGUAUGAUGAUUUGAAACACACAUGUGUGGAGGGAAAUCACAUAGUCAACAUUUUUUCCUUCUCGAAAGCUUAUGGGAUGAUGGGAUGGCGAGUUGGAUAUAUAGCAUACCCAUCAGAAGUGGAGGGUUUUGCUACCCAACUCCUCAAAGUUCAAGAUAACAUUCCCAUCUGUGCGUCAAUAAUUUCACAGUACCUUGCGCUUCACUCAUUGGAAAUGGGACCCGAAUGGGUCACUGAACGAGUGAAAGGUCUUGUCAAGAAUAGAGAAAUUGUUCUAGAAGCGCUCUCCCCUCUCGGAAAAGAUGCUGUUAAAGGUGGAGAAGGUGCUAUAUACUUGUGGGCAAAGCUUCCGGACAAAUAUGUAGAUGACGAUAAAUUUGUUCACUGGCUUGUUCACAGGCAUGGGGUGGUGGUGAUCCCCGGAAGUGCGUGUGGGUGCCCAGGAAAUGUGAGAAUCUCCUUUGGUGGCUUGCUAGAGGAUGACUGCAAAGCUGCCGCAGAAAGGCUGAGGAGAGGGUUAGAAGAAUUGAUCAGAGAUGGAAUGGUUCAGUAACUUUAACUUUUGCAUUUAAUUCAACAUUGAAAAUGGAAGUCCAUUUGCCAGUUUACACAAGUUUGAAACUGGUUCUUUAGAAUAAUGGAGGGUCUGCUGCCAGCAAAAGAAUUAGUGUAAUUUCAAUGAAGUAGGCAAUGCCUAAGUUCUAACAUGUGCUUAUGUGCUUGUAUUGUUGUUGUACACAUUGAUCUUGAAAAUACAUGCAAUACAUGAUUCAAAUGUUCACAUGUA